UGUGGCUCAAGUGGUAGAGUACUAGUUUUGAGUGGAAAAAGCUAAAGGACAGUGCCUAGGCCCUGAUUUCAAGUUCUAGUACCAGAAAAAAAAAAGAGAGAAGAUAGUAAUCUUUCCUUAUCUCUUCCCUGGUCUUUCUCAGCACUCUCCCCUUUUCUCAAUCUUUUCUUCAUUUUUUUUUUUUUUUUUUUUUGCCAUUAUCUGUUUUAGGGAAGCUGAUUCUACCAAUAUCUUCAAUUCAACCAGAUUCUUCCCCUUCAAGCCUGGAAGCUUCUGUCUGUUGGUCUCAUCUGGUUACAGCAAGUUAGAGGUGGAAAGAGCUGAGUCCUGUUUACACAAGCGGAGAAAGGCCCAGUAGUACUCCCAGCCACUCCCAGCCAGGAGUGCCUGUAUAGUUUACUAACCAGCUUUCCACGCCGCAUUCACUUCUAAGACUUUUCUAGAUCCCUCUCAUUUCCAGCUCAAUGGUCUUAUUGGGCCAGUCUUGCUUUUCUGUACCACCAUUGGCCUAGGCAAUUGUGGCCCCAAGGUCAGAAAACACCUUCAAGUGCCCUUCAGUUAACUUCCUACCAUGGAGCACCUUGAGCCAGAACAGCUGGCCACCGACCAGAUCAGGAGUGCAGCAGUCACCUCUGAAAACUGUGAGGUCCUAUCAGAACAGGAUGAGCACUGGCGGGAUGAGGAUGCCAGAGACACUGGUGGAGCAGCUGGAGAACAGGAGCCAGGAGACCAGGCUUUGCCACCUGCCCAGGUUGGGGAUAAUCUUGAGUCGCCUCCUCCUGAAACUAGCCCAAGUCAGCCUGGGCCAACCUGUGGGCUGUCACCUGAAAUAGAGACAAUAGGAGCAGGCUCCAGGCCCCAGGAGCUUCCCCCGUCUCCCAGGACCCGACAGCCUGAGCUGGAUGUCUACUGUGUAAAGUGGAUCCCCUGGAAGGGAGAACGGACCCCCAUCAUCACCCAGAGCACCAAUGGCCCUUGCCCUCUUCUUGCCAUCAUGAAUAUCCUCUUUCUGCAGUGGAAGGUGAAGCUGCCCCCCCAGAAGGAAAUGAUCACAUCAGAUGAGCUCAUGGCACAUCUUGGAGACUGCCUCCUGUCCAUAAAGCCCCAGGAGAAGUCGGAGGGACUGCAGCUUAAUUUUCAGCAGAACGUGGAUGAUGCAAUGACAGUGCUGCCUAAACUGGCCACAGGUUUGGAUGUCAACGUUCGAUUCACAGGCGUCUCUGAUUUUGAGUAUACGCCGGAAUGCAGCGUCUUUGAUCUACUAGGCAUACCUCUGUACCAUGGCUGGCUGCUUGAUCCACAGAGUCCUGAGGCUGUGGGUGCUGUUGGGAAACUGAGUUACAAUCAGCUAGUAGAGAAGAUUAUCACCUGCAAACAUUCCAGCGACCCCAACCUGGUGACUGAAGGCCUGAUUGCAGAGCAGUUUUUGGAGACCACUGCAGCACAGCUCACCUACCACGGCCUGUGUGAGCUCACAGCGGCUGCCAAGGAGGGGGAACUGAGCGUCUUUUUCCGAAACAACCACUUCAGCACUCUGACUAAGCACAAGGGUCUUCACUCUGUGGCCCAGGCUGACAGGAGAUCCUUUAUCUGGAGUCACUUGUAUUUACUGGUCACCGACCAGGGUUUCCUACAGGAGGAGCAAGUGGUAUGGGAGAGCCUGCACAAUGUGGAUGGAGACAGCUGCUUCUGUGACUCUGACUUCCAUCUAAGUCAUUCCCUGGCCCAGGACCCUGGGGCAGACGGUGGGAGUGGCUCCCCAGCGAAGCAGCUGCAGGUAGACCAGGACUAUCUGAUCGCCCUGUCUCUACAACAGCAGCAACAGCCACAAGGUACUGUGGGCCUUAGCGACCUGGAACUGGCCCAGCAACUCCAGCAAGAAGAAUACCAACAACAGCCCGCAGCAGUCCAGCCUGCACACACACAGGUCCCAGCACCUCAGGGGAGAGGAGCCACAGCUGGACGCCCAGCUGGAGAACGACGCCAGAGACCAAAGCCUGAGUCAGACUGUGUUCUUCUAUAGCUCCGCCUGAUGCCGGGCACACCUGCCCCUUCUUUCAGGGGCCCUGACUAAUUACUUUACUUCCCCACCUCCACACUUGACACAUGCGGGGUAAUUUAUUUAUAGGCUAUUUGGGGUCAGAGCUGGAAGUAAAUGUCCAGAUCAAACUCCGUAAGGUCCUGGGCCCUCACGUGCUGCUGACUUCUCUUCCACCCACCCAGGGCAAUGCUGGAAGGGGUGGGGUGAAGAUUUUAGGUUCCCAAUUCCCUUUCCUAGAAUAGUCAUUAGGUAUACAGACUCAGGCUCCAGGGUAAGGUCCCUAUCUGGAAUGCAUCUCUCCAGCUACCCAACCCUGCCUGGGACUCCUAGGUUACCUGGCAGGCUUGUCUCCAUUUCUUUCAGGGUUCAAUUUGGGUUUCUAUCUCUAUUAUUUGUAAUGCCUUCCUAGGGGUAUGCCAAUAAAAUUUCUUUCCUGGGCU